GAAGCGAGCUCGAGAAAUGAAUUCCAUGGUAUCUUCUCCUAAACGAAGGUCUUUAUAUAAGAAAAACCUCAACAUAAUUUCUUCUCAAUUCGUUUUAUUCAAAAACUUACUUACCAUUGUGUACCUCAACAUAAAAUCCAUGGUCUCUUCUACUAUGUGUGUUUGCAGCAAGAGAAUGGUGAGAGUAGCGAUCAAAGUCAGAUAUAUCUACUAACACUGGAGUGAACACUAGGUGCUCGACGAAAUGUCACAGUGAGAGGUCACUUAGAUAUGGCCAUGUUCGUUUUGGAGUCGCUCAAUGAGCGAUUGCGACAAGAAAAUAGACACCGACGGAGUCGUAACUGUACAAAAGAGUCGCUGCCACUGUUAAAAAGAGUCGCCGUUAGUGUUGAAUGAGUUGCCGCACCUGUCGCUUGAAAUUUCAGCGACUACUUUGUCUCUCUGCGACACAUUUUUCUCUCCCCAGCGACACCUCCGUCAUCAACCUUUUGCCGCACCUGUCGUCGUUUUGCUUUAUUGAUGGCCGCCGCCACCGUCGUUUUGAUCUGUCGCUGAGAUGGUCGCUGGCGACUCUCAUCCGAACACGGCCAUAAAAAGUCAACUUAUUAUUAUUUCCCAAUGAAGAUCACGUGCCAUGCACCUGACCGUUUCUUUAUCUCUUCCUUGUGGCUCAAGUUACAUAAAACGCCUCUACUCUGUUUUUUUCUCGUAAACAGAACAAUACUCUCUCAAGAAAAGUUAACCUCAUUUUUCCUCUUUUCUUUCUCAGUCUCCCAUUUUCUUGAAAGACAAAGACACCCACCAUUUUCUCUCGAGAAGAUUUUGACUCCCCUGGGGUACGAUGAUGACGAAGAGUUCAGGGCAAAGUGACGACGAAAACACAAAAAGCAAGAUCAGCGAUGCAGCCAAAGUUGCUGCUAGAGACUUCUGGGUCGAACGUAACCGCUUUCGAGCUUUGGAAUUAACAGAGAAAACGAUUUCUGAUCAUGGGAAUCAUGAAAAGUGCUUUAGUCACCACGAACUGCAAGGUGAUAUCUUCUAUGACCAAGCGAUCAAUACAGAUGACACCGACCUCAAAUGUGUAUACUUGUUUGCUUCUGUCGAUGCUUAUUCAAUGGCUACUCUUCUGUAUCCUUACGAUAUGAGCUCCUUUCCCGGCUAUGCUCAUUCGAUGAUCAAGUUGGGUGAUCAGCUUCAGAUAAAAAAAUUUUACAAGAAGGCUGUGUCCAAAGCAAAACGGGGACUGUUAGUAACGCAACCUCAAGGAAUGUCUGUGGAGGUUAGCUAUUUUGGCAAGAUAAAGACAGAACUUGAGAAAUUGAUACAUCUUGCAACAGAGAAGAUGCAGGCGCCUGUGACUGUUUCUGAUCAUACAGGUACUACGGCCAAUCAGAUGGUAACGAUAAAGAAAGAUCCUUCUUUUGAUCGAUUGAAGAACUUUUGGGUUAAAUUGGAUGACAAGACCAAAAGGGGAUUUUUGGUAGUAGACUUUCGAAAUCUUAUAGCCUAUAUAGAGAAUAAGCAUGGGACGCAAGUAAAAAAACAUUUUCAGCUAUGUGUACCCAUCGCCAAUAAUCUUCGAUGGAGAUGCUGGAAAUGCCACAUUUGUUCUCAGGUAAACUACUGUUUUACAGAUUGCAAGAUGCACAUCUUAGAUAACCAUGUGCACACAUCUGAACCCAAAUUCAGUGCUCGUCCUAAGUAUGUGGAUGAGAUUUUGGCUGACAUGAUAUGCUGUGGGGAUUGGAAGCCAGUUGAUACAGAGAAGGCAGCAAAUCUGAUCAAGGAUAGAACUAAGAGCCGGAAAGAGUUAGUUUAUGUUAAUGGAUGGUGUAGUGAGCCUGUAGCGAAUGAUAAAGACCGGGAAAACAUACUCAAACAGUUUUCCGAGGUUCUUAAAUCUUCUUGUGCCAAGGAGAAUCGUACUCUUUCAUGUGCCCUUUGGGACUGGUUGGUAGAUUACACAGAAGAGAAUCUGGAUCUACCUGGAGUUCCUGGGAUCUAUCUUGAUAAAUGUAGCUUCUUUAAGAACCCUCAAUGCAUCUGCUUCUUAGAUCUUAAGCACCUUAAACACAUCCUCAAAUAUUUUAGACAGCUCACCACUGAUGUUCGAGCAAGUUUGGUUUCAAAAGUAGUGAAUCAGUUCUGGGAAGAUUCCCAGGUCAAGGAAAGAAUCGAUCUUGAGGGACUUACUACUUAUAAUCUACUUCUGGACAAGAGACUGUUGUAUGAAGAAGAGAUUGAAUCGGAUAAUAUAGGGACAGUAGAGCAUUAUAAAUCCACUGGAAUCUAUGAGGAUGUGAUGCCUAAGGGUGAUAAGAUUGUCUCUUGGAUUUUUGACUGCCCAGAAAUCGGUCAGGACUUUGUGUCUCAAAUGGCAAAGGGUGUACACAAUCGUGAGCUAUGGUUAGCAGCUUUGAGAAUAGUACGGUGUGUGGUUAGGAAAAUGGAAAGGUACUAUGAUAAGAGACACAGGAUGGUAACCUAUGAGAAGAUGUUGAAUGAGGCUAAGACCAUUUGUGACAGAGAAGACUCUAGGAAGAAUGAAAAUCAGCGGAGCACAUAUGAGUCUGUGCUUCGAAUGAAAUGUGAGGAGCUUGUAGGUAAGCAAGAUGAUGAUACAAAAUGUUUCUUGACUGUUGUAAGAGAUGUUUUUCAAAGAAAAAGCUCUCCAAGUUUUGAAGUAUUAGAAGAUAAGGAGGAGUGUAUAUCCAAACGCUCUACUACUGUCCCAAAUGAUGAUGUUAAGAAAAGUCUGUCGACGUUAAAGACAUCGCUGAAAGAGAAGUUCCCUUUGAUUGAUUCAAAGAUUUUGCGGAACAAAUCUACGUACAAAAAGCUAAUAGAUGUAUUCCCAAAGCUAUCAGCAGUUGAGUAUCGGUUGGUGGUCCUUCCAUUCGUGAAGAAGUUCUUACAGGAUAAACUGAAGAAAAUGAUGAAAACAAAUAGCAGUUCAGUUGCUGCAGGAGAUUCUGCUGAACGAGAACGUAAGAAGAGACAUCUUUCAAAUGAGGGCUUAAAUUCUGGAGGAUCAUUCUUGCAGAUGAAGAAAAACUUUGAGUAGGUUUUGUUUAGAAAACAGUCUUUUAUGUUCUCGGAAACACUUUGGAUCCGAGAGAAAACUGGUCUGAAGUGUUCUAGUUUGUUUUAGGAUCUGAUGCAUAUAUGUUUGUUGUGUGUGAAAG